AAAUUUCUUCAAAAAAACCAAAACCAAAACCAAAAAAAAUAAAAAUAAAAGAGAGGAGGGAUUUGUCAAAGGCAACAGAGCAAAGCAACCAAAAGGGUUGAAAUUAGGAAAACAGCAAUUAGUGUAAGCUGAAAGAUGGCUGCAUUGGGGGGUGUGAAGAAGGAGGGAGGAAGUGUAACUGAAGAAAAAGGGAAGUUGGUGUUUGGGAGGUACUCUGAUGCUGAAAUGCUAGCUCUGCUGAAAAGACUUGCUCUGGAUCCUUGUGAUUCCGUAACACAUCAGAAAGCAAAGCCAUUAUGGAAUCAGAUGCUAAGAGUGCGAGAUGCGAUGACUCUUUCUGAUAAUGACAUUUCAUGGAGGAAAAGAAAACUUCAACAAUUUGUCAAAGAUCAGUUAAGAUCUCCUGGACUUCCAGCAGAAGCAGAAAAAUCUAACCAGAAAAGUGCAUCAAAACUAAGUAGAAGGCAUAUUUCUCAUGCCUCCAGUAUUUCAUGCUUACUUGAUUCAGGGAAGUCUGCAAAAAGUUCUGGUCAAAAGGUUUUCUUGAGUUCACACAGUGCACGUAGUUCACUAACAGUUGCAGACAAUGUUCAAGAGCAGUUAUCUUCAGAAUUCUCCCUCCACAAUGAUGCAACAGAUUUUGGUCGUAAAGGUUUCUCUUCCUUAGUUGAUUCUGAUGAGUCAGCAAAUGGUUCAGACCUGUUGAGUCGUGUUAACCGGACUCCAUCCGUCGCCUCCUUAGAAAACUUGGAUGAUGCGGUUCAUAAUUCAAGCUUGUUCUCUGUGAAAGGAUCAAGAAGCAGACCUCUACAACUGCCUCGACAAUCCUCCAGGUUGUUGAACUUCAUUGGUGAUCACCUUCAGAGAUUUGUUAUUCCAGUAGGUCCUCGUUUCCAAGCUGAUGUUCCAGACUGGACUGUCCCAGCAGACAAGGAUAACUCUGAUUAUGAAGCCAGUAACUCUGAAAAUUCAAGAUGGUUAGGCACCCGAGUUUGGCCUACUGAGAACGAAGAUUUGGAAGUGUCUUCUAGAGUAAUUGGAAAAGGCAGACCUCACACUUGCUCUUGUCGUACUCCGGGAACUGCUGUCUGUGUCAAACGCCACAUUUCUGAGGAAAGGCUAAUUCUUCAACGUGACCUUGGUCCUGCUUUCUUCAGUUGGAAAUUUGAUGAAAUGGGGGAGCAAGUUUCUAAGGCAUGGUCAUCAAAGGAAGAAUCGACCUUCGAGUCACUGGUCAAAAGGAAACCACAACUAAAUGGAAAGAAAUUUCUGAAGCAAGCAUUAAAGUCAUUACCGCAUAAGACCAGUAAAACCAUUGUCAACUAUUACUUCAAUGUUUUCAUCCCCCGACAGCUGAGCUUACAGAAUAGAUCAUCCAAUAAGUCAGUCAAUAUUAGUGAUGAUAUUGCUGAUGACAUUAAUGAUAUGUACAUGCACAAACGAAGUGAAGGGCAGAAACCUGAGGGUGUGAAAAGUCAAUACCUACGUCGGCUAAUUUAGUCCCUGGUAUCCAAUUACAGGUUUGGGAUUACUGAAGGAUUUGCUUCGUAGCAUGAUGGUUAACAGCGUUCGUGCUUUCCUCCUCCAGGAAUUUUGAUGGGAGCGGUCCUUUCAGUACAAGUAUGAAACUUUAAUUAUGUUAAUAUUAGUCGUUAAAGGUCAUUUGUUCAGCCUCUUUUUCGUCUAUGGCAUUAGUUCUCCAUAGAUUGAGUAAUGGGAUGUCCGAAGAGUAUUAUUCAUAAGACUUGGCUGGUAUCAAAUGUUUUGUGAUUAUUGGGUUCAAUUUCUGCUACUUAUGUGAUUUACUCCAGCAGUACUAUUGAAUAGAAGAUUAUUAGACUUUAUUUAAGAAUUGAAUUUGCUAUUUGCCAUUGGCUAAACUCCUCUUUUCUUGAACAUGUGAAUUUAAGUUUGAAUUUUAUUAAGGUUGAUU